UCUCUCUCUCCCCCUCUCUUCAUUAGCUCUGACAGCUAAACGUGUUCCCUGGGUUAAGUGGGUUUCUUUCUGCUCCUUGCUCUCCUACCUGAGACCUGAGCCGGUGAGCUGACGAGACAGAAGGGAGUUUUGUUCGGUAAAGGAGAUUUAAAACCAACCUAAAGUGACUGGAUUAUAGCUUCAGGAAUUCGUCUAUAGGAGAGACUCUUCCAUCAAACAGGUGAGCCAUGACAUCAUUGCUGAUACUGUGUUUGUGCCUCCGGGUAAUCUCAGCUACAUGGUCUUUUCAGGAUUAUGUAUAUACUGAACCUGAAAGUACCCUCAGUGUCAGCAUUCCUACUGAGCAACCUCUCCGUUCCUUAAUGGGGGACACGCUGGUCCUACCCUGCUUUUUCCAGGAUAACACAGUCCACGACCCUGGAGCUCCCACCAUAGCACCUCUCUCUCAUCGCAUCAAAUGGAGCCUCAUUACCAAAGAGAAGACCACAGACAUUCUGGUGGCCUCUGAGGGCGUGGUGGCAGUCACCGAUAAGUAUAUGGACAGGGUGACCAUGGUAGGAUACCCCAUGACCCCCACUGAUGCCUCCAUUAAGAUCACAGAGCUGCUCUCUAAUGACUCAGGAAUCUAUCGCUGUGAGGUCAUGCACGGAAUCGAAGACAACCAUGAUACCAUUGAUGUCCAGGUGCAAGGUAUCGUGUUCCAUUACCGCGCCAUCACCAGCCGUUACACUCUGACGUUUGAGAAGGCAAAGGCAGCUUGUAUUCAGAACAGUGCUGUGAUCGCCACUCCAGAGCAGCUGCAGGCAGCUUAUGAUGAGGGCUACCACCAGUGUGAUGCAGGCUGGCUCGCUGACCAGACUGUCAGGUAUCCCAUCCACGAUCCCCGAGAGGCUUGCUAUGGUGACAAGUAUGAACUUCCAGGGGUCAGAACGUAUGGUGUGAGGGACACAAAUGAGACUUAUGAUGUGUACUGCUUUGCUGAAAAGAUGACAGGAAGGGUGUUCUAUUCAAUGUCGCCUAAAAAGUUCACGUUUACUGAAGCUAAGGCCCAGUGUGCUAAACUAGGCGCUAAGUUAGCCACCACUGGCCAGCUGUACCUGGCCUGGAAGGCUGGUAUGGAUGUAUGUAACGCAGGCUGGCUGGCAGACCAGAGUGUCCGCUAUCCCAUCAAUAUCGCCCGGCCCCAGUGUGGGGGAGGUCUGCUGGGAGUGCGAACUGUGUACCGCUUUCCCAAUCAGACAGGCUACCCUCUGCCAGACUCACGCUAUGAUGCUAUCUGUUACACAGAAGAAGAUGAAGAAGGUUCAGCCCUACCUGACAUAUACCCAGAUAUACAGACGACCACAGAGGCAGGAAGUGGCACGCUAAGCGUGGGCAUAGUGACAGACCGCCCCCAGGAAUUUGUCAAGCACACCUCCACUGAGAGUGAGCUGCUAGGCAAGGUUGUGACCCACAAACCUCUCACCACCACUGCUGAUUUCACGUACGUAGAGCAGAACGUCACCCAGCUGCCCCUGUUGCCACCACCCAGCGCCACAGAGGACAGUACUGACCUCAUAGAGGGAGUGACCGCUCGACCUGACCUUGAAUUGGAAAUUCGCCAUGAAAAUAUAACUGAUGCUCUGAUGUCUCCUACUGGUGUUGUGUUCCACUACAGAAUAGGCUCCAGGCGCUAUUCACUCACCUUUGUUGAGGCUCAGUUGGCUUGCCAGAAUAUCGGCGCAGUGAUUGCCAGUCCCCGGCAGCUACAUGCCGCCUAUGAAGCUGGCUACCACCAGUGUGAUGCAGGCUGGCUGCUUGACCAGACUGUCAGGUACCCUAUUGUGUCCCCACGUGAGAAAUGUUCUGGUGAUUUGGAGCACUUGCCCGGUGUGAGGUCUUAUGGACUACGGCCUGCCAGUGAGCGCUAUGAUGUGUACUGCUACAUGGACAAACCGAGAGGAGACGUUUUCCAUGCAAGUUCAUUCGAGGGAUUCACAUACGAUGAAGCAGUGGCUUACUGCCAGGGUCAGAACGCUUCUUUGGCCUCCACAGCCGAUCUGCAUGCAGCCUGGAAGCAGGGCUUUGAUAAGUGCCGUGCUGGCUGGCUCAUCGACCGCAGCGUUCGCUACCCCAUUAAUAACCCCCGGCCCGAGUGCGGAGGAGGAAAAUCUGGCAUCCACACAGUCUAUGCCUUCCCCAACCAGAUAGGCUAUCCUGAUGUGCACUCCAAAUUUGAUGCUUAUUGCGUUAAAGUUGAUCUCCACUUGUAUCUCAAUGAGACUGUGAUGAAUGUGACAGUGAUAGAAGAGGAGAUAGUAAACCUGACCAUCAUACCUGGCCUUCAUAGUCAAGUGAGCCCCUCCAUUGCUCCCCCUAUCCCCAUGGAGCCCUCUGGUUCUGGCUCUGCAGGCCUAACAAGUGGAUUCUCUGGUGAUGCAUUGGCUAGCGGUAGUGGGGAACAACCUAGUGGAAGUGGAGAGCAGCCUAGUGGAAGCGGGGAGCAGCCUAGUGGAAGUGGAGAGCAACCUAGUGGAACCGGGGAGCAGCCUAGUGGAAGUGGAGAGCAGCCUAGUGAAACUGGGGAGCAGCUUAGUGGAAGUGGAGAGCAGCCUAGUGGCAGUGGAGAGCAGCCUAGUGGAACUGGGGAGCAGCUUAGUGGAAGUGGAGAGCAACCUAGUGGAAGUGGGGAGCAGCUUAGUGGAAGUGGAGAGCAACCUAGUGGAACCGGGGAGCAGCCUAGUGGAAAUGGAGAGCAGCCUAGUGGAAGUGGAGAGCAGCCUAGUGGCAGUGGAGAGCAGCCUAGUGGAAGCAGGGAGCAGCCUAGUGGAAGUGGGGAGCCCCCUAGUGGGGUGUCAGGCAUAGGAGAAGACCUUUCAGGAUCUGGGCUCAGUGGAGACGUUGGCUCAGGCCGAAGCGGUGAUGGCUCAGAUAUAUUUGUGAUCUUCUCAGGAAGUGAUUCCAUCCUGUCUGGGGAUGGAUCAGCUUCAGGGACACCUCAGGAAGCUGAAGAAGGCAGCACAGACAUCCUCACUUUCAUCCCAGGCCUGGGAUCGGGCUUCUUCAGUGGGGAAUGGUCAGGAUCAGGAAGCGGUUUGGGUCUCGGCUCAGAGGAGAGUGGUUCUACAUCAGACCAGUUCAGCAGUUCAGGAGAGAGCGACGAGAGUGGAGGACUUUCCGGCAUCUCUUCAGGACUGGGCUCCAGUGAGGAGUUCUCCGGAUUCAGUGGCUUUCCAUCGGGCUUGCUUCCUUCUGGGGACUACAGUGGUUUCUCUGGGCUCACCAGCAGCAGCAAUGGAAUUAUCAUGAUGAAUGGCGAGUGGUUGGAAAGGUCCACUCCCCUGAACCUUACAGCUCAGGAGCUGGGUGGAGCACAGGUGGAUUUCAGUGGGUCUGGAGAUCAUUCAGGGUAUGUAGAUUUAUCGGGGUCUGGAGUAAGUGGCACUUUUACUGCGAUCAGUGGUGACAUCAGUGGUGACCUCAGUGGUGACCUCAGUGGCUCUGGGAGUGGCUCUGGAUUUCCUGGAGUCACCUUGUUGGGAUCAGGUUUCACAGACCUCACAGGCCAGCCCAGUGGAGAACAAGAGGCUUCUGGGAUUUUGGUGUAUGGAUCAGGAGAGGGGAGCGGAUUUGUUUCUGGGACCUCUGGAGACACAUCGGGAGCAUCAGCCAGUGGGGAUGUACCAUUAUUAUUUACUAAUGCUAGCUUGGUAGAUGCUUCUGUCAAACUUACCCAAAGCCAGGAGGCUGACAAAGGCCCCAUAGAGGUCAGUGGAAGUGGGAGCGGGAGUGGACUAUCUUCAGGCAGUGGAGACCACCACACUGCAAUUGAUACUAGAAUCCACCAUGCUUCAGCCAGUGGAGAACGAUCAGAGGUUCUUUCAAAUGAUAUUCCAACAGGCCUACAGCUAGCUCCAUCAGGACUGCUUAGUGACACUGCAGGACCACUGGAGGGUCUAUCAGAACCUAGUGAAAUUAUCUGGAAAUCUCAUUCCACAACGCCUGCACCUGUAGCUGCUACCACUACUGAACCUUCGUUCCCUCUACAAACCCCGGCUGUCAUUGAGAUGCCUGCCAUGGAGAAUGUUGCUGUGGACCCAUGUAACCCAAACCCCUGUGGUCCUGGCUCAUGUUCUGUACAGGAUGGGGUCGGCUUGUGUCACUGCCCACCUGGACUGAUGGGCAACGAGUGUCAGUUUGAGGUUGAUGUGUGCCAUUCAAACCCUUGCGCCAAUGGAGCCACGUGUGUGGAGGUAGAGGACGCUUUCAAAUGCUUAUGCCUGCCCAGCUAUGGAGGGGAUCGCUGUGAGAUCGAUGUAGAAAAGUGUGAGGAGGGCUGGACUAAAUUUCAGGGUAACUGUUACUUGCACUUCUUGGAGAGGGAGACCUGGGAGGAUGCGGAGCAGCACUGCAGAAGCCUUGGAGCUCACCUAGUCAGCAUCACCAAUCGAGAAGAACAGUUUUUUGUCAACUCCCAUGCUCAGGACUACCAGUGGAUUGGACUAAAUGAUAAGACAUUUGAGAAUGACUUCCAGUGGUCAGAUGGAACCCCGGUGCAAUAUGAGAACUGGAGGCCUAAUCAGCCAGAUAAUUAUUUCAACUCUGGUGAAAACUGCGUGGUCAUGAUCUGGCAUGAAAAUGGCCAAUGGAAUGAUGUCCCUUGCAACUACCAUCUUCCAUUUACAUGUAAAACUGGCCCAGUCACAUGCGGCCAGCCUCCUGAAGUGAAGAAUGCCAGGAUGUUCGGGAAUAAGAAGGAGCGCUAUCAGGUCAACUCUGUGAUCAGAUAUCAGUGCAAUGAAGGUUUCCGUCAGCGCCACCUGCCUGUGGUCCGCUGCAUGGCAGAUGGACACUGGCAGAAGCCACAAGUGGAAUGUAUAGCCCAAAUCAAACGUGGACUACUAAAGAGAUUCAUCCAGCGUCAGUCUGCCAGAAGAACGUCAUUGGAAAAGCACCUCUCAUGAGCUAAGACGAGAUAGUUAAGAGAUUUUUUAAAGAAGCUAUUUUCUGAGGCCCUGAAUUAAGAUUAAGUUUUGUAUUAGAAAUUCUCCCCAUCCUGUACAUACUGUCACCACCCACAUUAUAAUAUACUGGUUUGAGCAUCACUCAUUAACAGUACAGUCAUCUGUUUUGUUAUUAUUAUUUUUUUCACCUCACCUAACAGUUCACUUUAUUUAUGAAAGUAGUACUAUUUCCAUAGUUAGUGUAAUUGGAUCGCCAUGCUUGCAUCUGAACAAGUCACAAGAUUUCAGAGACUUGGCCUUGUAGGUUCAUUCCAGACCUUUUCAGGCAUUCUUCAGUGUGUCUCCAAAUAUCUGUUUAGUUUUACAAAACCUUCCAGAGACGGAUCUUUCAUCCAGACUGUCUGGAAUUUUGUGGUGAAACAGAAAAGCUAAGAACUUGAUGCGGCCCGAGCGAGUGCAGUCCUCCGUCUGAGAGGGACACUGGAGUGAGUUUCUUGUUUUCUUCCUUGAACACCAUAAUAUCGUAGCAAGUUGCAAAGAUUUUACAGCACUUACAGUAUACAGGCUAGUAUAUGAACAACAAAACAACAUUUUGAAGUAUUAUUUUCAUCUGUAGUCUAUUAGGAUGGAUAGCAAAUUCAGACAUAUUCAUAGCCAUAAUGGAGAAGAGGUUUACACACAGCUAAUUUAUUUUUACGUAACCAUACAAAUUAUGAAAGAUCAUAAAAAUAUUGCUUUUUCUGGUAGUUCUGAUAGACAUUAUAAUGUGAAAUUAGAUAUAUUUAUUGAUUUCUCAAAAUUAUCUAGCAGUUUUUCCAUCUGUUUAGGGCCAGCAUAUUCAGACAUGAAAAGCUUACAAAAUAUAUUGCACUUUAUAUAUAAAGAUUACAAAGUAAUGCACUGAAUUUAAUUGAUUCAAAUAUGAACAUAAUUAACACAUGAAUAAAAUAUAUUACAUGAACACUAGAGAUGGCAAGAUACCAUUUUUUCUUUUCCAGUUUUGAAACCUUCAGUAUCUACCAAUACUGAUCUGAUAUUCUUAAAUUCUCAAUAUUAUUAUUAUUAUUAAGCUACUCAAGCACUCAGGCAUGUGCUUGAGCCCAUACACUUAUAAUAAUAAUAAUAAUAAUACCUUCCUGGUUGGCAUACAUAAUGAUUAUAUAAUAUAUAGCUUCACCCCCGGGUUGGCUCGUUUCACGAGAUUCAGGGCUCUUGUGCACCCCCUCUAGUGCGGUGCCGACUACCUAUGGAUUUUGUCUCAGUCAGCUCCAACCUGUCAUAGAUACAUGCAUGUUAAAAGGCCCAUAUUCAUUACACAUUAAUCUGUUUUAUUUUUCCCUGAGGUCCACUUAUAACAUUUAUCAUUCAUUUUUACAUGACCAAACCUUUCUAUACUCCUUGUAUUAAACAGGCUAUAUAUUUUUUUUACUGUGCUUUAAUUGAUAUAUGUAAAUGAGUUGUGUUCUGAUUGG